AUGGAAACACGAGGAAAGUUUGCAAUAAAAUUGGAAGAAUUAGAUCCAGAGGAUGUGUUGUCGCUGCUGCAGAAAUGGGAUAUGGAUGAGUUUGGUGACUUUGUAAAAGAGAAAGAGUUGGAUGGGAGAAAGUUAAUGGACAAAGUCGUUAAAACGGGAUGCCCAGCUUUGCCUUUGAGCAAUUAUCAAUUUCAAAUAUUAAGUAGUUGUCAUACAACAAUGGUAUCUGAUGGUUGA